GAUCCGCACCAAAUAAAUAGCAAUAGUGUGUACCGCACCGACCAGCGCCGCCGCUCCCGAGACAGACGCGAGAAUGGCGAUCCCUUCCCCCGCGCGACUCCACCUACCGUCCUCCUGCCGCCGGUCGGCGGCUCUCACCAACCUCCAAUCCGUUGACAGGUCUACGGCGGCAUGCCGGUGGCGGGGGCGCCUUCUCCCCGUGGCCGCUGCUCCGCUCCGCCUCCGCGCCGUGCAUGCCGCGGCCGCUGCGCGGCAGCCGUUCGACAACGGGUCCGGCGUCAUUGAAGCGGAGGGGGAGGAGGACGACGACGACGAGCAUCCGCGCCUGAAGAUCGCCAUCGUGGGGUUCGGCAACUUCGGGCAGUUCCUGGCGCGGACGCUGGUGCGGCAGGGGCACACGGUGCUGGCGCACUCCCGCUCCGACCACUCGACCGCCGCGGCGGACCUCGGCGCGUCCUUCUACGCCGACCCGCACGACCUCUGCGAGUGCCAGCCCGACGUGGUCCUCCUGGCCACCUCCAUCCUCUCCACCGAGGCCGUGCUCCGCUCGCUCCCCGUCCACCGCUUCCGCCGCAGCACGCUCUUCGCCGACGUGCUCUCCGUCAAGGAGUUCCCCAGGAAGCAGCUCCUGAGCCGCCUCCCCGAGGACUUCGACAUCAUCUGCACGCACCCCAUGUUCGGCCCGGAGUCGGCGCGCGACGGCUGGGCCGGCCUCCCGUUCGUGUUCGACAGGGUCCGCGUCGGCGACUCCCCGGCCCGCCGCGCGCGCGCCGAGGCGUUCCUCAACAUCUUCGAGCGCGAGGGGUGCCGCAUGGUGGAGAUGCCCUGCGCGGAGCACGACGCGCACGCCGCCGAGACGCAGCUGGUGGCGCACACCGUGGGGCGGAUGCUGGCCACGCUCGGGCUCCGCCCCACGCCCAUCGACACCAAGGGCUACGAGACGCUGCUCCGGCUCGUGGACAACACCUGCAGCGACAGCUUCGACCUCUACAACGGCCUCUUCAUGUACAACAAGAACUCGACGGAGCUGCUCCACCGGCUCGAGGCGGCGCUGGACACCGUCAAGAGGAGGCUCUUCCACAACCUCCAUGACGUGCUCCGGAAGCAGCUCUUCGAGGGCUCGCCGCCGCUCAACAGGGACGGCCCGCCGACCCCGGACUCCUCGUCCACCGCCGGCGCCGAGUCGUUGUCUAAUGACCGGCCGUGAUCUGGACGCCGACGAGUCGUCGUCGUUGUAGGGAUAAUAAUGAAUCGCGCUUUAUGUCGCUGACAUCGAUCUGCCGUGGACUCGUGGUCCCUUCCAUCCAAAGGCAUGACGAAUUCACGACGAAUCGUGUCGAGCAGCUCAGGAUGUAAGUGGCAUUGGGUCCCAGUAGUCCCACAUAUGCCACACACCAAAAAAAGAUCAAAUGGCGUUGGUGGAUGUCCAUAAAAAAAUAAAUGGCACAAAUGGAUAGCCCAGAAAAGCCCAUGAGGCCAGCGGCGGACCACAACACUCCACGCGCACCCAGCCAUCACGUUUUCCUCAGCAAAAAAACAAAGAAGAAAACGCCGCGUUCGACAUGCCCUAGGCGCCGUCGCCGCUGCCUCCACCGGCACGCCUCCCCAGUCCAUCCCUUCCUUCCAUCUCACCGCCGUCACCGCCAUGUUUCUCGAAGAGGCGGCGAUGACGUCGGCUUUGACGGCGGGCGCAGCUUGGGACGGCGGAUGAGACCUUCGGCAGCGACUUCAUUGUACAUCUUCUCUGCUCCCCCUCACGCUCAUCUGCCUCGCCCCCUCUGCUGCGACGCAGCCUAUGGGAGAUGGGACCGGUGGAUGCCGGAGUAGUAGGCGGUGAGGAUUGAUGCAGAUUCAGGCUGCAGCAACUUGAUAACUGAAUGGUAUAUAUGGAGCAAGGUUCAGACUUCAGACACCUCAUCGCAUGCCAUCCCUUCUAGGCUUCUAGGUAGAUGAAAGGUUCAGACUUCAGACAGCUCAUUGAUGCAGAUUCGUCGCUCUCCAUUACAUCUUGGUAGCCAGAAUCAUCCUUUGGGUUCAGCUUUGAUAAUCUAAGUUGUAGAUAAAUGUUGAAUCUAGAGAUUUUUUAGAGUAGGCAA